ACCAUGGUGCAUUUCACUGCUGAGGAGGCUGCCAUUGCUAGCCUGUGGUCCAAGGUGAACGUGGAGGUGGCCAGAGGUGAGCGCCUGGGUAGACUCCUGGUCGUCCACCCAUGGACCCAGCGUUUCUUUGACAAUUUUGGCAACUUAUACUCUGAGUCUGCAAUAAUUGGCAACCCCAAGAUCCAGGCCCAUGGCGAGAAGGUGCUGACCUCCUUUGGAAAUGCUGUUAAGCACAUGGAAGACUUCAAGGGCACUUUUGCUAAGCUGAUUGAGUUGCCCUGUGACAAGUUGCAUGUGGAUCCUGAGAACUUCAGGCUCCUGGGCAACGUGCUGGUGGUUGUGCUGGCUCGUCACUUUGGCAAGGAAUUCACCCCGGACCUGCAGGCUGCCUAUCAGAAGGUGAUGGUGGGUGUGGCCAAUGCCCUGGCCCAUAAGUACCACUGA